AUGAGCUUCAAGUUACCUUUAUCAGCGAUUUUCGCUGCGUUUGCCGUAUUUGCUAGACUUGUCGACUCUACCUCUAUCAUUAUCAGCCGCUCCGGAUGGACUGCAGUGUCGGACAGCUUCCAAGCAGGCAACGAGCCUUCCCGAGCGCUUGAUGGGAACGGAACAAGCUUCUGGCACUCGAAGUAUUCGCCUGCCCCUGUUGAGCCUCUACCCAAUUGGAUUAUUGUAGACAUGAAAGCGUCCUACAACGUGAAUGCAGUCAGUCUUCGGCCGCGUCCAAGCGACAACGCGAAUGGUAGGAUAGGAAGUCACAAGAUCGAAGUCAGCGCCGAUGGUACAAGCUGGCAGAUCGCUGCUAUCGGCACAUACAACAAUGAUGCGACCACGAAGAAAACCUUCUUUGUUGCAAGGCCGGCACAAUACGUAAGAAUCACAGCGACAUCCGAGGCGCAGAGUGUUGCGAACCAGUGGUCGGCCAUUGCUGAGAUCAACGUCUUCCAAGACACAACGUAUAUACCGCCGGCGGCAGGCAAAGGUUUGUGGGAGAAGACCGUAGACUUCCCGCUAAUACCCGCAGCUACUUCGUUGCUCCCAAAUGGAAAAGUGCUAAUCUGGUCGGCUUUCGCAAAAGACAACUUCGGGGGCCAAAGAGGCUUCACUCAAACUGGAAUCUACGACCCAGCCACGGGCGAGUCGAGUCAGCUCGAAGUAUCGAACACGCAACACGACAUGUUCUGCCCUGGCAUAUCUUUGGACUUUAACGGUCGAGUCAUCAUUACAGGUGGCAGUGAUGCUGCAAAAACCAGCUUAUACGACCCGUCAAGCGGUGCAUGGAACCCAGGGAGUAACAUGCGGAUAGCUCGGGGAUACCAGUCCACUGCUACAUGUUCUGACGGACGAAUCUUCAAUAUUGGCGGAUCCUGGAGCGGAGGGACGGGUGGCAAAAAUGGGGAGAUAUACAAUCCUACCUCGGAUGCAUGGACCCUUCUACAGAACGCUCUUGUCAGUCCUAUGCUUACGGCCGAUCGCGGAGGUGUAUGGCGCUCGGAUAAUCAUGCAUGGCUCUUCGGCUGGAAGAACCAGACAGUGUUCCAAGCUGGUCCAUCUAUCGCCAUGAACUGGUACGAGACUAUAGGAGCUGGAAGCACUACGGGUGCCGGCAACCGACUGGAUGACGGGCAUGCCAUGAACGGGAAUGCCAUCAUGUUUGACGCAGUAGCCGGAAAGAUACUCACUGCAGGAGGAGCUGCCGACUACGAGAACAGCGAUGGACGUACAAAUGCGUAUAUUAUUACCAUUGGUGCGCCAAAGACGAGCCCGACCGUCACCAAAACACAGUCUAUGUCAUAUGCGCGUGGUUUCGCCAAUGGUGUUGUACUGCCUGACGGCACAGUUUUGGUUACUGGUGGGCAGUCGCGACUGCAACCUUUCAAGGAUGACACUGCGCAACUUACUCCUGAACUCUGGGAUCCAACGACUGGUAGAUGGACCCAGCUCAACCCUAUGCAAGUGCCAAGAACGUAUCACUCAGUAGCAAUCCUUCUCCCAGAUGCGACGGUUCUCAAUGGUGGCGGUGGCUUGUGCGGUCCCUGCACGCAGUACGGCGGAGUGCCAGAGAGCAAUCACUUCGAUGCUGAGAUCUUCGUGCCGCCUUACCUGCUCAACGCUGACGGGACAAGACGUGCACGUCCUGUUAUAAGUACUGUGGCCUCUAGUGUCAGAUUGGGUGCGACCUUGAGCAUCACAACGACAGGAUCUGUCACGAAGUUCUCCCUGAUCAGAUUCGGUACCGCUACUCAUACCGUUAACACAGAUCAGCGAAGAAUCCCGUUAGCAUUGACGGAAAGUGGCACUAGCUAUACAGUAAAUGUCCCUAUUGAUCCAGGAGUCGCGCUGCCUGGCUAUUGGCUGUUGUUCGCUAUCGACGCUAGUGGUACACCUAGUAUAGGCAAGACGAUCAAGUUGUUCGUGUAA